CCUUUCUCUCUCUCUCUGGGGCCUUCCUCCUCCUCCUCCUCUUCUCCUCCUCCCCAGCUCAGCUCAGGCCAGGCUCCGCGUCCCUCGCCUUCGCCAUGCCCAACAUCGUGCUUUUCAGCGGCAGCUCGCAUCAGGACCUCUCCCAGCGCGUGGCAGACCGGCUGGGGCUGGAUCUGGGCAAAGUCGUGACCAAGAAGUUCAGCAACCAGGAGACCAGUGUUGAGAUUGGCGAAAGCGUAAGAGGGGAAGAUGUGUACAUUAUCCAAAGUGGUUGUGGCGAAAUCAAUGACAACUUGAUGGAACUUCUCAUCAUGAUCAAUGCUUGCAAGAUUGCCUCAUCCUCCCGUGUUACUGCAGUAAUACCAUGUUUUCCGUAUGCCAGGCAAGAUAAGAAAGAUAAGGACCAAGGUAGAUGGAGCCGCGCUCCCAUUUCUGCAAAGCUGGUUGCCAAUAUGUUAUCAGUGGCUGGAGCAGACCAUAUUAUCACCAUGGAUUUGCAUGCAUCCCAGAUACAGGGUUUCUUUGAUAUCCCAGUGGACAACCUUUAUGCAGAACCAGCCGUGUUGCAGUGGAUCAAAGAAAAUAUUCCUGACUGGAGGAACUGUGUCAUUGUCUCACCUGAUGCAGGUGGAGCUAAAAGAGUUACUUCAAUUGCUGACCGACUUAAUGUUGAGUUUGCCCUGAUUCACAAAGAGAGGAAGAAAGCCAAUGAGGUAGACCGGAUGGUCUUGGUUGGGGAUGUGACGGAUCGUGUGGCAAUCCUUGUGGAUGAUAUGGCAGACACUUGUGGCACAGUUUGCCAUGCAGCAGACAAGCUGGUCACUGCAGGAGCAACUAAAGUAUAUGCUAUCCUCACUCAUGGGAUUUUCUCUGGGCCUGCUAUUUCUCGGAUCAAUAAUGCUGCAUUUGAAGCAGUAGUCGUAACUAACACAAUUCCACAGGAAGAGAAAAUGAAACAUUGUCCCAAGAUUCAGGUUAUUGAUAUUUCUAUGAUUCUUGCCGAGGCCAUCCGAAGAACACACAAUGGCGAAUCUGUGUCCUACCUGUUCAGUCAUGUCCCGCUAUAACUCCAAUGAAAGCUGUGACGUGCGGGAUUCAGUACCGCUAUACCAAAAAACGGAUUUUAUUUUCAGGAUAGCGAAUGUCUGUGACAGCUUCAUGUUGACUAUAUGCACAUUCCUUCUUCUGUUAUGGGCAAUAACUAAAACGGGCAAGAGAGUACUAUUUUUGAAAGCCAAAGUUAGCUCGGGAGUAUAACCCGAAUAGGGGUUUGCUUGCCGAAAGUUAUGGAACCUCAGAAAUAAUGUAAUUUUAUAUUGAUUUGCAGACUUUAAAGAUUUAAAUGGCUUAUGUAUGUUCCUUUUUGAAGAAAUUAGUGUCUGCCAUAAGCAAGCUAGCGUUCUCUGGUAAUUGUCUUAGCCCUUCUGGAAAGUGACCCCGGAACAGGGAUUAACUGUUCCCGGACCACUGAAUAAUCUCCUCUUUCAGUGUUCCUUUUAAUAGAUAGGACCCUUGGAUGCAUUUACACUGUAGAAUUAAUACAGAUUGAGACCACUUUAGCUGUCAUGGCUCAAUGCUAUGGAAAUAUGGGAUUUGUAGUUUAGUGAGGCACACUUUGGUAGAGGAGGGUAAAGGCCUUGUAAAGCUACAACUUCCAUGAUGCCAUAGCAUUGAUCCAUGGCAGUUAAAGUGGUGUCAAACCAGAUUUAAUCCUGUAGGUUUCAGCUGCUGAAGGAGAGCUCUAUAGGAUGUUAUAGGAGAGACUUCAGUGGGGAUGUUUUAUGUAGUCUGAGGAUUCUGCCAUAAUCUGAGUGUUGUAAUCUGCAAAGACCAAAUGAAAGAGGCCUUAAGACUCCAAUUUAUUUUAAAGCUAAUCUUUUUCCCUUGAUUUUAAGAAAAGAUAAAAGGGAUCAAUUAUAAUCCAUCAUAAUCAUCCAUGUUUGAUGGUGCCUAUGUGUUAGAGAAUUCUGGUUACUAAAAGGUACUUCCACUACCUUCCCUAUUUUCUGCUAAUGAGGUUGGGCUCCUUUUAAAAGUAUCUUCUGUGCCAUGUUUUCCUUGUGUAAAAAAGCAGCAUGGGUUUUUUUUAAAAAAAAAACCAAAAUUCCCACAAGACCACGUGUAUUCUCAACAUCUCCCCAUCUGCAGGGGAACUGAAACAGUCCUAUAAAUAAAUUUUGUUGUAUACAUUUUGAAGAGUCUACUCUUUGCAAAAGCAAUUGCUUAACAUUUGCUAAUUGAGCUGUUCUGACUGGUGCGUUUUCACAAGAAUAAAAUCCAUUUAAAUAAAAGUGCAUUAAUUCUACAGUGUAGAUGCACCCCUCCUUAUCUGCCCCCGCCCCCCAAAGUGUGAUGUAGCAGUCCUCAAUGUUGUUUCUGUCUUCUUUGCCAUCUAAGUUGGUCCAGCUGAAACAUUUUGUUACUAUGAGAAAAACUAAGUCUUUUUAAAAAAUCAAGAAAGAUUUUCUCAUUAUUGUGUUUCAAGUUUCUCAAUAAACUCAGCAUUGUUCUUCA